AUGGCCUCCCGCCCCGUCAUCGCCAUCGCCGGCUUGGCGUGCGAAACCUCCGCCUUCACCCCCGCACGCACGCACGCGCCCGCCUUCCACCCACGCCGCAGCCACGAGAUCCUCGACGAAUACCCCUUCCUGCGCCCCGACACUCCCCUCGGCACCGCAGCCUCCUGGCAUGGCGCAUUAAUCGGUCACGCACUGCCCGGGGGAAUCGUCGUUCGCGCCGACUUCGAACAACUAGCCGCCGAGAUCGUCUCCCGGCUCACCCAAAUCGCAGCCUCAACACCAAUCGACGGACUAUGGUUUGACAUUCACGGUGCCAUGGUGGUGGAGGGACUGGACGAUGCGGAAUUCGAACUCCUCACUCGGAUCCGCAGCGUCGUAGGACCGCAGUGCGUCGUCUCCGCCUCGAUGGAUCUCCACGGGAACGUGUCGCGCAAUCUCGUCCAUCAGACCGACCUGAUCACCUGUUAUCGUAUGGCGCCGCACGAGGAUGAGACGGAGACAAAGGUGCGCGCGUGUCGGAACUUGGUGGAUCUGCUUCGUCGGGACUGUGCACCCGGUGCGACCGUGCACCCGCGCCGCCCGCUCAAGGCAUGGAUCCCCCUGCCCAUCUUGCUGCCGGGGGAGCAGACCUCUACCCGAGUGGAGCCGGCCAAGGGGUUGUAUGCGCUUGUGCCUGAGGUCGAGGCGAUGGAUGGGGUGAUCGACGCGGCGAUCUGGGUGGGUUACGCGUGGGCGGACGAGCCGCGCAACCAGGCGGCGAUCGUCGUGACGGGGUGGGAGGAGGGUGCGGUGGUGGCGGGGGCGCAGCGGCUGGCCGAGACGUUCUGGGAUGCACAUGCGGAGUUCCACUUCGUCGGGCCCACUGGCUCGUUUGCCGCGUGCAUCGAUGUGGCGCUGGCGUCGGCGCCCGAGGCGCGGCCGUUCUUCAUCUCGGACUCCGGCGAUAACCCUACCGCUGGCGGGUCGGGGGAUGUCACCUGGGGGUUGACUCGGUUGUUGGAGCGACCGGAGUUCAAGGCGCCCGAUGGACCGGUCGUGAUCUAUGCCAGCGUGCCGGGGCCGCAGGCCGUGCAGACCAUGGUGGAUGCAGGGGUGGGUGCCACGGUGACGGUCACGGCGGGGGCAGAGGUGGAUGCCGUUCAUGCAGGGCCGAUCACCUUGACCGGACGCGUGCAUGCGAUCAGGCAUGGUGACAAGGAUGCCCUGGUCGAGGCGGUGCUGCAGGUGGGCUCGGUGUUUGCGAUCCUGACCCAGCUCCGCAAGCCCUACCAUCAUGAACGGGAUUUUACUGAUCUGCAGCUGACUCCUCGGAAGGCCGAUCUGGUCAUUGUCAAGAUCGGUUACUUGGAGCCAGAGCUGUUUGAAAUGGCUGCUGACUGGAUGCUGGCGUUGACUCCAGGAGGUGUCGACCAAGACCUCUCUUUCCUUCUCCCCCUGACCUUCGUGCGCGACUGA